GCCGCGCCGCUUCGCGGUUCGGUGCUGGCGCGGACGGACCGCGGGCAGGGACGGUCCUGUUGUGAGGGGAUGGGGAAGGGUCCCCUCAGUGUUGGUGCUUGCGUCAAGGCAAUGCGCAGUGCCGGACGGCUGCCUGUGGUGCAAAAGGGCUCUGGAAGCGGGAAGACUUAGACACAAGUCCGGAGCCCCUGGAGAAUAUGAUGUGCUGAUUGUAUAUGCAAGUGACGCCGCUGAAUGGUGUCAGUACCUCCAGAACCUCUUCCUCUUUACUCGGCACGUCCGAAAACAUCGGAUUCUGAGCUACCUGCUGGAAGACGACUCUGCCAUCUCCCACGAGGAGCUGGACCUGUUCAGCAGAAGUCGGAGUAUCAUCCUUUUGCUGUCUGCUGAGCUGGUGCAGAGUUUUUACAUUCCUCACAUCCUUCAGAGCCUUCAGGAAGCUUUAUGGCCCCCAUGCAAAGUAGUCAAGCUGUUCUGUGGUGUUACAGACUGUGAAGACUAUUUGACUUUUUUCAAGGACUGGUGUCAAUGGCAAGAACUCACAAAUGAUGAUGAGCCUGAUGCUUACCUUGCAGCUGUUGAGAAGGCUAUUUCAGAAGACUCAGGCUGUGACUCUGUGACUGAUACAGAAACAGAAGACGAGAAGAAUCCAGCUGACUCCCACAGAUUUGCCAUGAGUGAAGAACAUGAAUCAUCCAGGAGCACUGGGGACCGUCCAGUGGUGCAGCCCAGCCGCAUACAAUGUGGGGUGCAGACAACAGUUUAUAUUAUCAUGAAAUGUAAGCUAGAUGGUGAAAUGAAAACUGAAGUUGAAUUUUCUCCAGAGAAUGCAUCCUCUGUGCGUGUGCUGGCUGUGAUGGAGAAUGAGUACACAAUCUCUGUGAAGGCUCCAAAUUUAACCUCUGGGACAGUGCCUCUGCAGAUAUAUUCAGGGGACUUAAUAGUGGGAGAAACAAGUAUCACUUACCAUACUGACAUGGAGGAAAUCAGCAAUUUGUUGGCAAAUGCAGCCAACCCUGUACAGUUCAUGUGCCAGGCCUUUAAAAUUGUGCCAUACAGCAUAGAAGCCCUGGACAAAUUGUUGACGGAGUCACUCAAGAAGAACAUUCCUGCCAGUGGUCUACACCUGUUUGGAAUCAACCAGCUGGAAGAAGAAGAUAUGACAGCAAAUCAGAGGGAUGAGGAGCUGCCAACACUGCUUCACUUCUCUGCAAGAUACGGGCUGAAGAACCUUACUGCCUUGCUGCUGACAUGCCCUGGAGCACUGCAGGCCUACAGUGUAGCCAACAAGUAUGGCCACUAUCCAAACACCAUAGCAGAAAAGCAUGGCUUUAAGGAUCUGCGCCAGUUCAUUGAUGAAUAUGUGGAAACUGCAGAUAUGCUGAAGAGUCACAUUAAGGAAGAGCUGAUGCAAGGCGAGGAGGAUGAGUCUGUUUAUGAGUCCAUGGCUCAUCUGUCCACUGAUCUGCUAAUGAAAUGUUCCUUGAAUCCAGGCUCUGAUGAAGAGCUUUAUGAGUCCAUGGCUGGAUUCGUCCCGGGUGCCCCAGAAGAUCUUUAUGUAGAGAUGCUUCAGUCCAAACCAGACACUCCAGUUGCUGGAGAUGAAGUUUCUAUAACGACGAAAGACUCAAUGCUCCGCAAGUUUUUAGAAGGUGGUAGCAUGGAUGUGCCAGAUUCCGAGGCAGGAGGUCAUGAGGAGUAUGGUGAAGAUGUGUACUACUCAGUGGAACAAGACCCUUUUCCACAGGAAAUGGCUAACAGACCUCCAGUUCCUGUUCCAAGACCAGAAUCUAGCUCUCCACAGCCAGACAAUGAGCUGUACAUCUCUAAAAUUUUUGCACAGAAGGCUCAAAGACCUGAGAACCUUUAUGUUCCUAGAGGGAGAAUUAAGAAAGAGACAAUAGUCAGGCCUGUAAGGGACCUAUCUCAAUCAAGUAUAUAUGAUCCAUUUGCUGGAAUGAAAACCCCAGGUCAGCGCCAGCUGAUUACAUUACAGGAGCAAGUGAAAAUGGGCAUCCUCACUGUGGAUGAAGCUGUCCUUCAUUUUAAGGAGUGGCAACUGAACCAGAAAAAGAGAUCAGAAUCAUUCCGGUUCCAGCAGGAAAAUCUGAAACGUCUACGAGACAGCAUAACCAGGAGGCAAAUGGAGAAGCAAAAAAAAGACAAAAGUGCAGAUUUGGAAAUUACAGUACCCAUUCGACAUUCUCAUAAUACUUUGGGGAAACCAGAAUGUGGAAUAUAUGAAUACACCCCCAGGAAAAGCUUUUUUCCACCAAAAAAAGAGUUAAAACGAGGAGACUGGAAAACAGAAAGCACAUCCAGCACAACAAGUAGUGCAAGUAACCGCUCCAGCACUCGGAGUAUAUUGAGUGUCAGCAGUGGGAUGGAAGGGGACAGUGAGGACAGUGAAGUCCCAGAAACAGCAAGGAGCCGUAGCCCAGUUCUUCACCAAGCAGAGAGGCUUCCUUUCCCAGAAAGGCCUCCCAGAGUGCCCCCUCGAGGUGCAAGCAGACCUGUAAGCUGUGAAGGCUUUUAUCCUCCGCCUGUGCCCCCAAGAGGUCGCUGAAUCUCUCAACAUCUGUGGAAUAUGAGAUUUUUUUUCCUGUUUAUAUAUGUGUUUGUACAGAUUUUUUUGGGGCUGUCUUAAAUUAUUUAUAAGUGGGACCCAAAUGAUUUCAUUCCUUUCAUCCUCUCUGAAGCUCUGGUGACUUUUCCCAUUAUUUUCACUGGGACUUUUUGGCGUUCUAUAACUUUUUUUGAGUUGGAAGAAUUUUGGUGGUUUGGGGCUUCAAGAAAAGGUACCAUCAUUGGGAAGAACACUGAUGUGUGACUUGGGAGCCCUGCACCAACACGAAGAUGCCAUUUGAUCAAGAAAGAACACAGCACAUGUGUCCUUUUAGGAACUAAAUCCUGAUUCAGCAUUGUUACCAAACCUCUCAAUACAGUCUACCAGGGCAUGACAGGAAAACAUGCUUAAAAAGUAAAGAAAGUAAAAUGUUUGAAAAAUGCUCAUUACAGCAGGAGCAGGUGAAUGUACUACUGCUUGGCAUAACAUUUUGGAUACAAUCAUACUGACCUUUCAGAAGGUGUAGCAUCCCCCUUUAGUAACCAUUAAACCAUGGGGGAGUGAGAAAUUGUCUUCAAGAAUGUAUUUUCGUACAGCCUUGAAAAUGCCUUUCCUUUUCCUAUUCCCUCCUUGAAGAGGACAGACAAGGUGGUGUGUGUGCUAAAUUUACCAUGAAAAUUCCUGAGGCAGCUGGUAAGGGACCUUCUGUAUCCCAAACCACCUGUACUUAAGGGGCAGGUAUGGUGUUACAAAAUCACAUAGCUGAGCUCUCAAAUUAGAGAAGGAAUUGGUGGCAGUGUUGUGUUCUGUGUCUUUUACAUGUGGUCAUUACAGCAGCAAUAUGAAGGCAUUUCACUUUAUACCCUGGAACAGUAGUGAGUCUCCAAUUAUCAGUGCACACCCCUCACAAAUACCAGCUGUAUUUUAGGUGGCUGCAUUGGAAACAGCCUGGGGGCUGGACUCUGCUUGCUCUGCUGUUCCUUUCUACCAAUGGGAAUCUACAGCAGCUAUGUCCAGCCUUUUUUCUGCCUGAGGGCUUACAAACUUGAGGCUUCCUGGUUUGGCUCUCUUCCACACUUUGAAAUAUCCCAACCCUUGGGGGACAAGUUUAAGGCUCUGGUUGUCUAUGAGUGACAGAGAUGGGAAUUCUACAAGAUAACAUUCAGGGUAAAGAAUUAAACAUCAUUGCAUGCUUGGUUUUCAGGGAUGGAAAAGGGAGAAUGGCUUGAAAAACAGGCAGACACAUCUGUAUUAGGUGAUCCCUCAGGUGUAGGUAGGACAUGUAGAGCUUCUGUCUGAUCAUGUCAGCCUCCCUUCAUCCAUAGGAGAGCAGGGACAGAGUUGCAGUUCCUUUCUCUUGUAGGGUAGCAAACCCAAUAUGUGAAACUGCAGAAGUGACAGCAACUGUGACUUGACCAACACUGAAUGGAGGUGGAGAAGCCCCUACUGCUUUCAGGGAUAUAGGCAUAUGCUAAAUAUCAUCUGUGCAUUAGACUCAUAGGAUUUGGGUUACUCCAAAUGCAGUUCAUAUAUCUUCUCCUUUUGAUGACAGAGGGAUGCAGGUGGUGUGCUGCAUACACAGCACAACAGCUACAGAGGUGUCCUCUCUGUUUUGCUUUUUUUUUUAUUUUAUUUUUUAAAGGAACCUUAUUGCUGUCUCCAGUAACUGCCACUAUAGACUUUCAGUGACAGUUUGCUUUUGUUCACUGUAGCCAGGGCAAUGGUGAGGUGAGAGCUGCCUUCCUGUGCUCUUCUUGGAACAAAACAAGGUUUCCAGUACCAUUAGCUCAAAUUGGAAGGAGGUUUUGGUGCUGAAAUGAGAAAAAUAGUAGCAAGGCUGAGUGAAGAAAUUAGGGAUGAAAGAGAGAAACCAAAAGAAGAAAUUCAGCAGCUUGAUUUAGCUGUCACAUGCUUUGGUUUGCACACAACUCCCUGGUUUUGCUCAAAAAUUCCCUGUCUUGGUGCUGACUGCAGCCGUGCCCCACACCUUGGAGCUGUGAUGUGGUAAGUGAUUUGUCUGCUUUCACAUCUGCCAGGUACAACACGAAGUAGAAUUGCAGGAUGUGGGUAAAAACUGUAAUAAGGCAGGAAAGGAAGAGCAAAUUACAUAUGUAUCAUGCAGAUUUUCUUUCAGUACUGUUGGACUGAAGCAGCCCAAGGAUCCAUCUUUCCAAGCUAAUUUUUAUUUCUGCAUCCCGUCUGUGUUACAGCCAAAUGUCCUCUAUGGGAAGGAUUUAUCUGAGCAUUUGCUAAUACCAUGGUUGUGAACUGGAUAUUUAUUGCUUGUGCUGUGGAGAGACUUAUAUCUGAAUUGCUGAAAAGUAGCUCAUAAGUAGCCUUUCAGUCCCUCUCCUAUUUGAAGCUUAGGUACUUCAUUACUCUGACCUGACUUAUCACAUAAAGUCAAAUGCUAGUGGGGCUCUGGUUUGGAGAAGAGGUGAGCCAAACUGUAAAUACAUUCUGUUCAGGCCCCUUCUGCACUGCUUAAGGGAGGGAAAUUGAAGGUGCAGCUUAGUUUUAGGUGUAGUUUCAGGUGUUCCUGUCUCACUGCUGCUGGAUUAGUGAGGGUUCUCAGUAACCAACAAUCACUGCAAGACUCUCACCCUAUCAAGGAAAAAAGGGACAGCACUAAAAUGGCUUUACUGUUAGAUGCAGGUGGACAAUUGGAUGCAGGCAUGUCUUUCAAGCCUCUUACAGGCCAACAGCAAUGCACCUGCUUAGCCACCAAAGUGUGUGUUCCACACAGGUUGGAUUCAUCUAGUUGCUUUCAGCCUUUUACAUUUCAAUGUAUCCAGCCCUUGUGUCUGUAUUUUGUCCUGGUAAGCACAAGGUGUGUGUUGCUUCCACCCAGGAUGAGAAAUGCACCGAAUCUGAAGAUCAGAAGAGACCAGAGAAAACAGCACACAUGCAGAUUAGUGAUUGCUGCUUACUUAAGAAUAUGCUUGGAAGGGACAGUGGAAAGGGAAGUAUGAAAAGUGUUUCUGAUACAUAUGAGAGUUCAAGGACUGAAGAGUUAAUAAAAUUGGUUGUGAAAACUUAAGUGGCCUGGCCAGUUGUAGGGGUGUCAACCAAUCCACCAAACUCAGGUGCCAGUUGGCAGGCCUGGGCCAAGUGUUUGUUCUUAGUACAGCAUGCCUUGCAAACCCUGCUGCAGCAGAUGGCUCUGGUUGGCCCUGUUGCUGACUGAGAAACUUAAGUACUGAAUAAACUGAAGAUGCUGAAGCCCCCUCUCUCUGUCUCCCAAGGGUAAGCUACUCUAUUUUGGACUGAGAUGCAAUGACUAGAAAGAAACAUAUGGUGUUAUCAAAACUGUCUAGGGUUUUUUUUAGUCUGUAUGUGUGUGUAAUACAAGCAUGGUUUUUGCAUGGGUUUUGGCAAGUAUUUCUUCAGGGAUCCUGCUUCUACUGAAACAGUGCAUGCACUGUCUCCUGAAUCUCUGGAAAAGGCUUCAUAUAAAUAUACCUUGUAAAAUAUGUUCAGGGAGGUAGACUGAAUGUGUAAAACCACAAGAUGAAAAGCUUUUAGAAUAGGUAUGAUGGUAACAGGAAAAUCUGUUUUCUGCAUCAUUUCUACACAACAUGGAUGACAUGUAACAGCAUGGAAUUCCUGUCUUCUGCUCAUGUCAUUUGUUGUCUGUCUGCUUAUUUGUUGGCUCUCUUUAUUUGAGAAGUUCGUAUA